AGGCGAAACACUGCAUGAGAAGCCAAUGCAUCCACAAUAAAACUGCUCAUCAAAUUUCCAACUUUUGACUUUAUCAGAGAUCGCAAUUGAACCAGAUUGAAUGGCAAGGGGAAGAGGAAGCUGAACUACAAGUAAGAGGAAAAACUGGAAGUAACAGCGGCAAUUGCAGUUUUUUUUGCAACAAAAAAACAUAAAGACAAGGCUUAGUGGACAAGCAAAGUUCGUAGCAGGCAUUUGUGGCAGUGAGACAGCGUGCGAAGGAUGGCAAGGGCGCGCAGCAGUGAAUAAGAGGAGUAGUGAAAAACAGCAAAAUAUUUCAACACAACUGGGACAAAGGCAGAUUAAGUUUAUGUACGAGCAUAAAUUUCGCGUGGAUUGCAAGUAAGCUCUAAGCGCAGAUUGUGGCAACUCUGGUCGUUUUUUGAUGCAUCUCAACGCGAAGUGAAACAAGGCAGUUGCAGUGUUUUUGUGGCAACAGUAAAUCAGAAUAAAAUCUUCCGCAACACAUGUUUCAGCCAAUGUGUUGCAUUCAUUCCGAGCACAGUGAAAUACGUGAGGCAUACGAACAGUCGGUUGCAGAGUGUUGAGCACAAAAAAAAUAAAUAAAAGCGGCAUUACAUACGCGCAUCCUUAUCUUUUCCAACUCGUCUGACACACAGCACAUUUGACAGUUGCAACACAACCAAAACGGCAGUGACGUACGUGACCUAAGCAGAGCAAACACUGCCGCAAAUCUUGCACGUUGCACGUUGCGCUUUAGCAUAAGGGAUAAGGACAAGGGUGGAAGAGUAAAGAAAAAAUCACAUUACCAACCGGCGGUGUACAAUUGCAAGUGCAAGGGACAAAAGCGUGCGAGCCAACAUUCAAAAGCCAAAAGUCUAAAGUCGCAAAGCUAAAAAGCCACAACGAAAGCGCAAUCACCGAGUCACUAAGCCAACAAGCGAUUUCCAAUUGAAAGUGACGCAAGGGUGUGUGGCGUGGCACACCAUAUUCGCUGAAGGGCAUCCCGUUUGAGCAAACACCCCAGCGAGCAGCGCUAGUCACAGGCUGAGUUGCUGCGCUUUGUGACGCACUAAACGAGCAGUUGAGGCGCGGAGAGUCGGGCGUGUGGUGGUUGGACGCACGGCGCGCAAAGGUCUUAUAUGCGGCAGCCUGUGACAGUCUAGUAAGAGUAUUUGACCUAAUAGGGCCACCAGCUGAGCUAAGUGGUGUAGUGACGUCAUUUAAUUUGCCAGCGAAAGUUACGCAGCUUCGCAGGGCUAAACGUCGGCCUAGUUUUACAGCAGCAAAUCCACUCGCCGUCGCAGUCGGUUUCCGCAUCGUUGUGAGCCGCAUCACAUCGCGUCGCGUCGCGUCGUGUCGUGUCGAACUGAGUCGAAUUGCUGCGACGAGUAUUUUCUAGUGUAUGUGUGUGUGCGUGCGGUAGCAAAAAAUUACUCUCCACUUCCAUGCCAAACCGGCUGUUAGUGUGUUUGCGCGCGUUUUUCAAUAAAAGCACAUAGCCAGGUCAGGCAGUGAGUCGAGCAGCCAAUUGAACCAGGCAACCAGUCAAUCAGCUGAGUGUUCUGAGUGUUCUCGAGUUAGCUCAACCAGUUAGUUAGUGAGCCAGUGUUCGUUCGGGUACGCGUACGUUGUUCAAACGUUGUCGCUUUGCAUUUUGCGCUUCGCUAACUUUCCCCCCAUACAUUUGAUUAGCAUGGCUCGAGCGUCAUUCUUACCCUCAGCGCCGUCGUUGUUGUCGCCGCCGCCGCUGCAAUAUGGCGUCGCGUCGUCUAUGCUGAGCGGUGAUAUCGGUCGUGGUCUAUUCGCCAUUGUUGUUCUAUUGUUGCGUAUGUCCUCCGUAUAUGGCGUCAUCGAUCGGCUAGUGGUGCAAACGGCAAGCGGUCCGGUGCGCGGACGCUCCGUCACCGUGCAGGGUCGGGAGGUGCACGUGUACACGGGCAUACCCUAUGCCAAGCCACCGUUGGGUGAUUUACGAUUUCGCAAACCGGUGCCAGCGGAACCCUGGCACGGUGUGUUGGAUGCAACGCGGCUGCCGGCAACUUGUGUGCAAGAAAGAUAUGAAUAUUUUCCUGGUUUUUCCGGUGAAGAGAUAUGGAAUCCUAAUACAAAUGUCUCAGAAGAUUGCCUAUUCCUUAACCUUUGGGCACCGGCGAAAGCGCGUUUGAGGCACGGACGCGGCGCUAAUGGCGCUGAGUACUCCAACAAAGCCGACAUCGAUCAUUUGAUACACAACGGAAAUCCGCAGAACACCACCAAUGGCUUACCUGUGCUUAUUUGGAUUUAUGGUGGCGGCUUUAUGACCGGCACUGCCACAUUAGAUAUUUACAACGCUGAUAUUAUGUCAGCUGUGGGCAAUGUCAUAGUUGCUUCAUUUCAAUAUCGAGUGGGUGCUUUUGGUUUCCUGCAUUUGGCGCCAGCUAUGCCCGGCUUCGAAGACGAGGCACCCGGCAAUGUUGGGUUGUGGGAUCAAGCUUUGGCUAUACGUUGGUUGAAGGCGAACGUGCACGCUUUUGGCGGCAAUCCCGAAUGGAUGACACUUUUUGGUGAAUCGGCUGGCUCCAGUUCGGUGAACGCGCAACUUGUGUCACCAGUGACGGCGGGUCUGGUGAAGCGUGGCAUGAUGCAGUCGGGCACAAUGAGUGCGCCCUGGAGUCAUAUGACUUCGGCGAAGGCGGUGGAGAUUGGCAAGGCGUUAAUUAAUGAUUGCAACUGCAAUGCGUCGUUAUUACCGGAAAAUCCCCAAGCGGUGAUGGCCUGCAUGCGCUCCGUUGAUGCGAAAACGAUUUCAGUGCAGCAGUGGAACUCCUAUUCGGGCAUUUUGAGUUUCCCUUCGGCGGCGACCAUAGAUGGCGUGUUUUUGCCCGACGAUCCCUUGAAAAUGAUGGAGAAUGCAGAUUUACGCGGCUAUGACAUACUGAUGGGAAAUGUCAGAGACGAAGGCACUUACUUUCUGCUGUACGAUUUUAUCGAUUACUUUGACAAGGAUGAGGCGACCGCGUUGUCGCGUGAUAAAUUUUUGGAAAUUAUGAAUAACAUUUUUGGCAAAGUAACACAAGCGGAACGCGAGGCAAUCAUUUUUCAGUACACCAGUUGGGUUGGCAAUCCCGGUUACGAGAACCAGCAUCAAAUAGGACGCGCAGUGGGCGAUCACUUCUUUACCUGCCCGUCCAAUGAAUAUGCAAAGAUAUUAGCUGAACGGGGUGCUUCAGUGCACUACUACUAUUUUACACAUCGCACCAGCACCUCACAGUGGGGUGAAUGGGUGGGAGUACUGCACGGCGAUGAAAUCGAGUACUUCUUCGGUCAGCCAUUGAAUACGUCGCUACAGUUCAGGCCAGUCGAACGAGAGCUGGGCAAACGGAUGCUGAAUACGGUUAUUGAAUUUGCAAAAACAGGUAAUCCUGCUGUGGAUGGCGAGGAAUGGCCAAAUUUCACGAAGAAAGAUCCCGUCUAUUAUGUUUUUUCAACCGAAGACAAGGAUGAGAAACUGCAACGCGGCCCACUGGAAGGACGUUGCGCAUUCUGGAAUGAAUAUUUGCGCGAAGUCAGAAAAUGGGGAACGCAAUGUGAACUUAAACAAUCCUCAGCUUCCACACUGCAUCACGCACAACAACAACUGUUGCAGCAAAGGAGUAUCGUGGCAUUUAUGUUGGCGCUGUUAGUUGUUUCGAUCAUCCCGUCAUUAGAUGCAUUUUUCUAAAACAUAAAAUGAAUUUAUGUAGGUGCGCACAAGUAGCUUCACUCAGUCGUCAAUAAACUCAUACAUUCCAACCAAAGCACAGCAAAACAAUACAAGUAUAUAUGCAUAUAUAAAGAGAAAAGUUAUAAUAUAAAGUAAUUAUUACCAAGAACAAACAAAGACCCGAGCACAAAUGCUUACACAAAAACGAAAAAAUGUAAAGUUUUUAAAUUGAAUUGUAUCCAGUCUAGUUAAUGGGCGAGUGGAAGCAAAAAGAAUAUAGAGCGAAAUAGGAAAAUAUGAAGGCCGUGUAUUGUACACACAUACAUACAUACUCAUGUAGGUAUGCACAUGCAGGUGGAUGCAAAGUAAGCCUGAAUUUGUUUUAAAAUGAAAAUCCACUCAUGAAUAUUUAGCAGCGAAUAAAAAUAAAAAGCAAAAGCAGUGGAAAAUGUUGACAUGCUGUGGCAGAAAAGUGCAAGUGCAUAGUAAAAGCCAACACAGGUGUAAAAAAGUGGAAGGUGGUGAAAUAUUUUUUGGCUUUUUGGUAUAUUUUGAGUUCUUUUUUUUGCAUUUUACUGUCAUUACUGCUGCUAUGCACACAUUUGGGGGUAAACCAUGAGGGGGUCGCGUAGUUGAAAGCGAAAAAUGUGGAAUAUGAAAAAGCUAUAUUGAAAAUAAGAGAAAAUGUGCAUCAACUUCUGAUAGCAAAUUUCAGCACUAAUGGAAUAUACAUAACUUUUAUUUCGAUUUAAUUUUAAAUUUUAUGUACGGAUUUCAAUUUUUUCCACAUUUCUUUCAAUUACGUAGACAUCCAGUUUUUUAAAUUUUUUCAAUUUUUUCUCAACUCCACCCCACGCCAAAAGUAGUCACACAGAAUCAGCCAGACCCCUGCACUUUUAUCCAUUUACGCAGGCGCAUGCCACUGGGCGGCAAAAUAGCCUGUAUACCUAAGCUUAGUAACCCCAGCCUAAUUGGCGAUUUAUUUUGGUAAGCCCAAAGAUCAAAAAUGUGUCGCUCGAAAGGCGAAUAAAAACUAUUUUUGACAAUUAAAAACCAAAGAAAAAAGAAAAACACAAAUUGAACAAUAAUUGGGCCACUAUAACCACAGUUUUUUACAAUCAACCAAAUUUUAAAUACGAAUAAAACGUAAAUUUUUUAGAGACGACGAAACAAGUAACGAAUAUUUGCAGAACAUUAACAAUUUUAUACCUAAACAAAAGAGAAUAAAUAAAAAACAAGUUGAAAAUGCCAAAGGAAAUUGUAAAAAAUUUGGUACUAUUAAACGUUUGAGAGUAGGGGAUAUUUUUUAAUGGAAUUACGCGAAAAAUUUUAAGCUAACCCUGAGCAGUAAAUGUCAAUGAAAAUUGAGUUAAAGCAAAUUGAGUCAAAGCAAAUUGAGUCAAAGAAAAUUGAUGCACGGUAGUGAAGCAAAAUGCGACAAAUUGUUUGAGUAAAAGCUUUAAGCGCGAAACAAGUUCGUGUCUUGAGUCUUUCGUUCCUGCCACGCACACCAACUGUGGGAACAGAAAAAAAAACUUUAUUUGCCAAUUCUUUGCCUACAACUAUAUACAGUUUGCACCGUUAAUUGAUGAUUUGACUACACCACUGUUUGAUUAUUUUAUUGAAAUAAAGCAUUGAGGCCUUUCUACUUUAAAUUUUCCAAAGCAUUCACGCACUUCGGCUCGUAUACAAACUCAUAGCUGAAAAUUUUUAAUUUUCAACCAAUUUUGUUCUUGUGUGCAAGAGAGUUUUUCGCCUUUAUUCCGUAUAGCUUUUCCUUCAGCUGUCUUGUAGAAUCUAAAAGUGAAAAAAAAAAUAAAAUAAAAUAGAAAUUCAAUAAGAAAAUAAAAAUUAAAAAAUGUUAUGAAAAUUAGUAACCUAUUCUUAUGGCUGACAAAAAUAAUUGGAUUUUAAUAGAAUAAAAACGAGAAUUGCAUUAGGAGCAUGUUGCAAAUUUGUACAACAAACAAUAAUAGUUUCACAUGUGUACACAAACGCACUCAAUACAAAAACAAAAAUAAUAUAAAUAAAAAAAGAAAAAUAACCAAACAAAAAAGAAGCUAAAUGGUAAAUAAUAAUUUUAAUAUGUAAAUACAUGCAAAUAUAUGUGUGUAUGUAGUUAAUUGUACAAGAACAAUGUAUUGAGUAACUCGAAAUUACAACAACAAAAAAAGAAUUUAUAAGGCACAAGAUAAAUAAGGAAAAGAAAUUAAUGUUUAAGUUGAUGUGUUAACGAGAGAAAUCAGAAUACAUUAAAAAAUAAACAACAACAACAACACAUGUCAUAAAACAAAUAUGAACGAAAAUGAAUUGCUAAGCAAACACUUUUUAUAUAGCAGCAUAAGCAGAAAAACAGAAACACUUAGACAAAUACUUACAUAUAUACAAAUAUCUUAAAAAAAAAGUAGUUUAAAAAUAAUAAUAAUUAAAUUUAAAAAAAUUAUAUAAAGCAAAAACAUAUCAACCCUAGUAUAUUAUUAUUACGACUAUUAUUAUUGCAAUGAUUAAACCAAAAACUCAUACUAUUACAAUGAAUUUGUACUCAAAAGUUUUAUAAAAUUGGCUCUAAUAAAUUCCAUAAUUAUUGACGAAACAAAAAUGAGAACAGAGGAAAAAAAAUGAAAUACAAUAAAAAAACUGAAAUAAAAUAAAAAACUGAAAUAAAACUAAAAACUGAAAUGAAAUAAAAAACUGAAAUAAAAUAAAAAAAUGAAACUAAAUAAAAUAUAUUUACUUUUAGGCUAAUUAUAAAUUACGAACAAACACAAAAAGCAAAGAAAAUAAAAAAAUAGCAGAGAGUUUAAUAAAAAAAAAAAUAUAUAUAAAAAUCGUUUGCAAUGUCAAUGAAUUAGUACAUCAAUAAUGGUAUAUCUGUAUCUUACCACAUACCCAGGCGCAUCAACACAACUCACCCAUUCACACAUACACACGCGCUGACUUGCAAGCAUAGCUAGACUCAUAAGCACACAAUGGAUAUUUGGCGUAAUUAGCGUUCAUAAAAAUGUAAAAAAAGGAGAUAAAAGGAGAAAAUAUUAUAACUAUGUAUCUACACGCAUAUUCCUCUAUAGAAUACACAGAUUAGCAAAGUAUACAUACAAACAUUAACGACGUUGAACUGUAUGUAGUAUUCCAAUAAAUACACAAACUAUGGAAUAAUGAAUUAAAUAGUUAAUUAUAUAUAUUUAUAUAUAUACAUAUAUAUAUAUAUGUACCUAUAUAUAUAUAAAUUAUUAUAUACAUACAUAUUAAAUGCAUAUCAAUAUGAAUAUUUCUAAACGAAACGUGGGCAUUCUGAGGUAAAAGAUAUUAUAUAGUUUUAAGUAAUUUAGUGUUGCACACAUCUACACUUAUUUUACUAAGGGUGUACGGCGUGCUAGGAUAAGUGAGCAACCACAAAAUAAAAAAAUUAAAAAAACACAAAUGUAAUGAUAGCAUAAAAACUAUAAAAAAAUUAUAUAAAAUGUAGUGAAAAAAGUAUUAAUAAAAAUGCGGUUUGAUUUGGAAUGCAAGUCUACUAUUAUUUCUUAAUAAAAGAGAAGUUAUUAAACAAAAAAAAAACCAUAUUUGAGUGUAUUAAUUAAGCCACACAUACAUAUAACUGAGCGAUGUUCGCUUUCCACUGCAGGCACAUUAGGAUACAAGCAAAAAAAAAAAACAAAAGAAAAAAAUAUUAAAAGUAAAAUAAAAAAAAUUGAAUGAAUUAAAUAAAAAAUAAAACUAAAAUUAAACUAAAUUUGAAAUCUUAAAAAUUAUAAAGUAUGAAAGCAAAACAAGCUAACUAAAAAUAAA